GUGGCUGCUGCUUAUUCUUAUACUUCCCCUCGCCCUGGCCGGGGAUGCUGACGGCUCUCAGGGCUUCUUCGCUCGCCCUCGCCUCCGCGCGGUGUCCUGGCCGGGUAGCGCCCCUGACCUCGACCCCCGCGUAUACCGCACCUGCUACAUCGACCAGCAGAUCGACCAUUUUGGUUUUGCUGAAAAUCGCACAUUCAAGCAGCGCUACCUCAUAGCAGACCAGCACUGGAAGAGAGACGUCGGGUCGAUCCUCUUCUAUACUGGCAAUGAAGGAGACAUCACCUGGUUUGCUAAUAAUACAGGUUUUAUGUGGAACGUGGCUGAAGUACUUGAUGCCAUAUUGAUAUUUGCUGAACACAGAUACUAUGGGGAAUCGCUACCUUUUGGAAACAAAUCAUUCACUGAUGCCAAACACCUGAAUUACCUGUCUUCGGCGCAAGCCCUGGCUGAUUUUGCAGUGCUCAUUCAGCACCUGAAGAGUACUGUUCCUGGAAUCCAAAACACUCCUGUCAUUGCCAUAGGAGGAUCUUACGGAGGGAUGCUUGCUGCCUGGUUUCGAAUGAAAUACCCUCAUAUAGUUAUUGGAGCUCUUGCCGCUUCAGCUCCUAUCUGGCAGUUUGAAAACCUGGUUCCCUGUGGCAGUUUCUACAGCAUCGUGACCCGAGACUUCACAAACAGCGGGAACAAUUGUUCGGAAAGCAUCCGGAACUCCUGGGCGGCCAUUGACCGUCUCUCUUCCUCAGCGAAAGGCUUACGUUGGCUUUCUUGUGCAUUUCACCUGUGCAGUCCGCUGAAAACUCUGGCGGACGCUGCUGCCCUCAAAGCAUGGCUCAGUGAGACGUGGGUGAACUUUGCAAUGGUCGACUACCCGUAUAAAGCAGACUUCUUGGAGCCUCUUCCUGCCUGGCCUGUUCAGGCAGCUUGUAAAUAUUUGAAAGACCCCAAACUGCCAGACAAAUUGCUGCUUCAGAAUAUCUUCCAGGCGGUCAACGUCUACUACAACUACACAGGAGAUGAAUCCUGCUUUAACUUAACUCAGACUGCCACAGAAAGCCUUGGGAUGGAGGGAUGGAGUUAUCAGGCUUGCACGGAAAUGGUGAUGCCCAUGUGUAGCGAUGGCGUCAACGACAUGUUUGAGCCUCAGAAGUGGGACUUCCACGCAUACUCGGAAGAAUGCUACAAAACCUGGGGAGUGAGACCUCGUCCUUCUUGGAUCCCCACUUUCUAUGGGGGGAAAAACAUCAGUGCUCACAGCAACAUCAUUUUCAGUAACGGCGGUCUGGACCCCUGGUCUGGGGGCGGAGUAACCCGGAACAUCACGAACACUCUCGUCGCUAUCAUGAUCCCAGAAGGCGCCCAUCACUUGGACCUGCGCUCCAACAGCCCAUACGACCCUGACUCGGUGCUGCAAGCCCGCCUCCUGGAAGUCCACUACAUGAGGCUGUGGCUACAGCAGUACCGGACUCAUCAGCACCCUAAGUAGCCGGCCGCUGUUGGAGUUUGUGCUCACUGUUUUCUCCUAGUGACGUCGAAGGGACCGAAUUGUCUCGUUUUGCAAAAUCCCUUCUUGUUUCUCUCUUCCUCUUUCCCCCUCUCCUAAUCCAAGCACUCUCUUUGACCCCUCUGGUUGUACAAAGGACCAUUUGCAGUAGCAAGCCCAAACCAACACGCUACAGCUCUGGACUGGUGGGAGGCGCAGCACUGCUCAGGCAUCUGCGGACUUCUACUGUUCCCGGUUGGGCACUGAGACCCACAGUCUGAGAGUGUAGAAUGUUUCCUGGGGUGGGGGGCAGGGAGAGAGAGAGAGAGAGAAAAGGCAGGUACCUUCUCCCUCCCCUCCCUCCCCUGCCCAGCCAUCCAUGUGUGGGAAGCUGGACAUCAUACCUUAUUAAGCUUUGGGUUUCAUUG